UAUGUCAAAGCUUAAAACAGGUUUUUAGAAAUGUUUAGAUGUAAAAUGUUUAAAUGUACAAAUGUAUUAGAUAAAAACAAUAAUCCCACUCGGGACAUUGCACUGGCGGCUAUUGUGCUACAGUAGUUUGCUAAAUAUAGGUGAUGGAGUGAGCCGUUAUUUGACGUUUGUACAUGGUAUUUGACGUUUGUACAUGGCUACAGCCAGCACAACACUGCCGCUGGGGGGUUUCCCCAAAUGGUGAUGUAAGGGGAUUUCCACCCAGACGUCGUAUGCUUCUUAAAAACGAAAGGCCAAUUGAAGCAUAUCCGAGAGCGAUUUUUUGAUCGCUGUCUCCUACCGUUGCCACGCAAUGAUCGGUCUGGGGAAAUAGGACAGACUUGUGUUUGUGUCUGGGUUUUUUAAACUACUCGAACAAGCUUUCCACCUCCAGGACAAACAUCGUAACGUGCCAUGAGAAACAUGAGUGUUCAAAAUGGCACUUCAAGUAAGUGACUUUUCUUUUACGUAAACUAAAUCGGAGUUAUGCACCUACGGUGUCUGAUGUGUGUUGUCCCACGACAUUCACAUUGGCAUGGACAGUAGUAUACUUUUCAUACGUAUUUUAUACAGAUAUACAGAAUAGUGUAAAGGAAACGCAUUGUCAUGGGUCUGUGUCAAAAAGGGGACUGACUGCAGGGGCCCAGACAAGUGAACCUACAGUUUAAACGGUACACUGCCAUGCUAUUCAAUUGGCAGUUUGUGUUGUCAUUCUGUCUUCCCAAGCGUGACUGACAGUUGAGUAGAGGGGCCAACACCCACUUCUGAGAUAUCACACUAGUCUUGGGCACUAGUCUUAGGCUACCUGUUAAACAUAUACUAUUACAUUGUAAUACAUAUACUCACUUACCUGUUAUACUAUUACAGUCAUUGUCAUACAUGUAGUUAGUCUGGCCUGUUACACCUAUAGUAUAACAUUGUCACAAAGUAAUUAUUCAUGAGUUAACUCACUUUUCUUCUCCUGCUUUGUACACCAGCAAUCGACUUGGACAUCAUUCAGGAGGUGAUCUCUGCAGACCGGGAGUUUCCCUGUCAUGUCCAGUCUGGUUUCUGCCUCCCUGGACCUCCUCAUCCCCCCGUAGACUCUGACCUCCAGGCCCAGAACCACAGGGUCAUGCCCAGGCAGACACCCUCCUCAACGCCCCCAGUACUUGUGCCAAGGGGCACAACCUCCAGGGCACCCUGCUUCUUCCCUCAGCCCCAGCACCCCUCUAGCACCAGAGAUAUGGCAGCACCUCACCCCACUCGUGGGGUCUCUCAUUCGGGCUCAAACCGACGAGGACGGGGAUCCUCUGGUUCAGGGACUUCCAGGGGGCCAGCGGGUCCCUCUCGACAGGCCCAGACAGACACUGAUCUGCUGGAGCAGAUCCUGGAGAGGCCCACCCUGGCUGUGGUGGAGCAGCCCAAGGAGAGAGGCAUGAGGUUCCGCUAUGAGUGUGAGGGCCGCUCGGCCGGGAGCAUCCUAGGGGCCUCCAGUGGGGACUCCAACAAGACCCUGCCUUCUAUAGAGCUCCAGGGUCCCAUUCAGAACAUAAAAAAAGUGAUGGUCACUGUUUCCCUGGUGACCAAAGACUACCCGUACCGCCCACACCCCCACUGCCUUGUGGGUAAAGACUGUGCGGAUGGUACCGGAAUCUGUGUCGUCUGCUUUAACCCCCACAGCAACCGACGUCACAGUUUCGCUAACCUGGGCAUCCAGUGUGUCAGGCGGAAGGAGCUGGAUGCCUCUCUAGAGAAGAGACGGAAUCAGAAGAUCGACCCCUUUAAAACGGGCCACUCUAAAAGCAUCGAGGACAUGGACAUGAACGUGGUGCGGCUGUGUUUCCAGUGUGAGCUGGAGUGGGUGGAUGGAAAGAGGGACUUUCUGAACCCCAUAGUGUCCAACCCCGUCUAUGACAAGAAGGCGACGACCACAUCUGAGUUGAAGAUCAACCGUCUGAACAUUGUUAAAGGGCCAUGCACCGGCAAGACUGAGAUCUACAUGCUCUGCGACAAAGUCCAGAAAGACGACAUAGAGAUCAUCUUCAAGAGGGGGUCUUGGGAGGCCAAGGCGGAGUUUGCCCAGACAGACGUCCACCGGCAGAUCGCUAUCGUGUUCAAGACCCCGUCCUACCGGGAACAGGACGUGGGGGAGGAAGUGGAAGUAAAAGUCUUCCUGCGCCGUCUCUCUGACCACAUGGACAGUGACCCCGUCACGUUUACCUACCAGCCCAACAACACAGAUCCCUAUGAGGUGAAGCGGAAGAGAAAGAUAAAGACGGACAUCAGCUUCACAGAGAGAUCCUGUGUGGCAGCUCAGAAUGUGGCUGCAGCAGAAUCGCAGCCACUCGAGCCAUUCACCUUCACCCCAGCAGAUAACUGGCUGGUCCCAGAGGAGUUGCAUCCUCCUACCCAGUCUGGGGCCUCCACCAUGGGGGAGAUCCACUACAGUGACACCCAGGAGGACAGCUUCUUGAAUGAGUGCAUAAGCCCAGAGGACAUCAGUGUUCUCUCUCUACUUCUGGAGCCUCUGUUCCAUGACCCUGCCCUCCUUGGCUUUGGCCAGGGGGUCAACUCCCUCUUUGUCCCAGGUGGCAUGGACAUGAACUUUAACCCCAACCAGUGUGAGUCUGGGCAGGACUUGGGCUACUAUAACGACCAGCAGUUCAACCAGCUAGUCAACGAGAAUCAGGCCUCUCUGAUGCAGCCCUUCCCACUGUCACUCCCCGGCUCUGCCCCUCAGGGUCAGUGUGAUAACGAGGGGUGUGAUUUGGUCCCGGUGAAGACAGAGGGGGACCUAUGAGAGCAAAACAUACCCCCUUAAGACUGAAUGUGGUAACCCCUGAACUUUAAGUUUUUUGUUGUUGUGUUGCUCCUCAAACUAGAAGUUUAGGGUAUGUAGGGACCUAACUCUGUACCCUGUGACAGUCCUCUCACCCAAACAUAGUACAGUAUGAGAGUUUGGACACACACGGUAAUAGCAGUAGCUGAGGCACCUUGUACCCUAAUGGUGUGGUUACCCCUUUCCCCCAAAGGCCUUGCUGGACGAGGCUAUAAUCCAGACCCCUGUCUCUCCUUCCCACACACGACCACUACCAGACCCUAAAAGAAUACAUUUCAAAAAGUCUGUCUUCACCAUGCUGCUAACGUUAGCCUAAGGCUAAUAGCCGUGAUCAGCACAGCACUCACAGAUGACAUGUAGCUUUAGCAUGUAGCUUUAGCGCCUCCGGGGGGACCAGAGUGAUACUGGUGGAGGCGAGUUGCCCUUCCAAUAGGCUAGCCAUGGAUGUUAAAAAUGGUUCCUACCUACCCAUUGUCAAUACUACCUGUGGUGAUUAGGGGACCAUCCAGUACUCUGACCAAAUACAAAAUGGACACUUAAACUCAACUCUUGUCUGCCUUGUCAGUUUUCCUUGUCAGGCUCCGUCUGUGUAUAUAUUGUGGUUGAGGCAGACUUCGACAAGGACCUGCAGGAAAUCCCUGAAUUGAGGAUUCAACUAAAGGAAAGCAUAACUAAGGGCUCGUUUCAAUCCAUAUCGCGGAUGUUCAGCGCUAUAGCGUGAUUGAACAUGAAAGGUCAUUUCCAAUUGAGCCGACAUAUGCACCGUUUACCAUGAAUGCAGUCUCUGCGAAUGUGCCAUCAUUGCCUUUAAAUGUAUAUUGUGCUGUAGCGAGGAUCUUCAGCACGACAGAUUGAAUCGAGCCCUAAGCAUUUAACUGUCGGUGCAAGACAACCUGAAAACGACCUCUCUGUGGAGAAAUUGUUAAGUAAAAGGGACCAUCUAUCAAAGGCUGUUUAUUUUUCACUUUCCAUAUGUGAUAUAUUCUUUAUUGUGUAGUCAGUCAUUGUCUGUUAUCUGUCGUUUUUUGAACGUUGACAUCAGUUUUAACCUCUGGCUCACCUGUUGACUCUGUUCAUUGUAAUAACCAAUAUUCAUGUACAGUAGAAACGACCAUAGUCCAAUGCGCUGUCCUUCCUAGUGUCUACCUCUGUCGUGUUGCUGUAAGUCCUAUUCAGUUAAACAUGUUCAGUGUAUGUUCAGAUUCUUAACAGAUCCACAGCUUCUUUGUAUACUGUAUGCCAGACUCCUCCCUUCACACUAGCGUUUUGAUUGUUGUCAUUAGUAAAAUGAAAAAUAAAAUGAUUGUAAGUCGUCAUCUUAAA